UGAGCCGGUGGCCGAACCCUCAGCGCAUCAGUCUCCCCAGUCGUUCAUCGCGAUAAGGACGCAUCCAGCUGACACUGCUCCCACCAUGCCCCAGACCAAGACUCAGGAUAUGGGCUCUGCCUUCAUCCAGACGCAGCAGCUGAACGCUGCCAUGGCUGACACCUUCCUGGAGCACAUGUGCCUGCUGGACAUCGACUCCGAGCCCACCACCGCUCGCAACACCGGCAUCAUCUGCACCAUCGGACCUGCCUCUCGCUCUGUUGAGACGCUGAAGGAGAUGAUCAAGUCCGGGAUGAACAUUGCGCGCAUGAACUUCUCUCAUGGCAGUCAUGAGUACCAUGCUGAAACCAUCAAGAAUGUGCGUGAAGCCACUGAGAGCUUCGGACCUGGCAGCAUCCAGUACAGGCCUGUGGCCAUUGCCCUGGACACAAAGGGCCCAGAGAUCAGGACUGGACUGAUCAAGGGAAGUGGCACUGCUGAGGUUGAGCUGAAGAAGGGCAGCAUGAUCAAGGUCACCCUGAACGACUCCUUCAAGGACAACUGUGAUGAGCACAACCUGUGGGUCGACUACAAGAACAUCAUCAAGGUGGUGCAGGUUGGAAGCCAUGUCUACAUCGAUGAUGGUCUGAUGUCACUCAAGGUCAAAGAGAUCGGUGCCGAUUUCAUUGACUGCGAAAUUGAGAAUGGCGGUACACUUGGCAGCAAGAAGGGCGUCAACCUGCCUGGUGCUGCUGUGGACCUGCCCGCUGUGUCUGAGAAGGACAUCCAGGACCUGCAGUUCGGCGUGGAGCAGGGCGUGGACAUGGUGUUCGCUUCCUUCAUCCGCAAAGCUGCCGAUGUGCAUGCCGUCAGGAAGGUGCUGGGCGAUAAGGGCAAGGACAUCAAGAUCAUCAGCAAGCUGGAGAACCACGAGGGCGUGCGCAGGUUCGAUGAGAUCAUGGAGGCCAGCGAUGGCAUCAUGGUGGCCCGUGGAGACCUGGGUAUCGAGAUUCCCACAGAGAAGGUCUUCCUGGCACAGAAGAUGAUGAUUGGCCGCUGCAACAGGAUUGGCAAGCCAAUCACCUGCGCCACACAGAUGUUGGAGAGCAUGAUCAAGAAGCCCCGCCCCACUCGUGCUGAAGGCAGCGAUGUUGCCAAUGCUGUGCUUGAUGGUGCUGACUGCAUCAUGCUGAGCGGGGAGACUGCCAAGGGAGAGUACCCUCUGGAGGCUGUUCGCACUCAGCACAAGAUUGCACGGGAGGCCGAGGCGGCCAUGUUCCACAGGCAGCUGUUUGAGGAGCUCCGCCGCACCACCCACCUGACCCGUGACCCUACCGAGGCUGUGGCCAUCGGCGCCGUGGAGUCCUCUUUCAAGUGCUGCGCCAGCGCCAUCAUUGUGCUCACCAAGACCGGCAGGUCUGCCCACCUGAUCUCCAAGUACAGGCCCCGUGCCCCCAUCAUGGCCGUUACCCGUAACGAGCAGACUGCCAGGCAGUGCCACCUGUACCGCGGCAUCUUCCCUGUCCUGUACAACAAGCCUGCCCAUGACGUCUGGGCCGAGGAUGUCGACCUCCGUGUCAACUUCGCCAUGGAGAUGGGCAAGGCCCGCGGUUUCUUCAAGGCUGGUGAUGUGGUCAUCGUUCUGACCGGCUGGCGCCCAGGCUCCGGUUACACCAACACCAUGCGCGUCGUCCUCGUGCCUUAAACUCCACUGCAAGACUGCACCACUCCCCCAUCCCAACCUCAUCCCUCCUGCAGUGGUCCCCCAUACCGCUGUGGCUAUCUGACUCUCAAACCCCCAACAGUUCAGACACUCAAGACAAAGCAAAGCAGCGCCAGGCCCCCUUCAAAGGGCCCUCAGCUGUGGCUUUACUCACUGAACAGAAAUCUGUCACACCCCAGAAUUCCUCACGUAGGUGUGAUCACCACUGUAACCCAGUGUUCAGGGCACCUGUACUCACUACCAGAAACUGCACUCAUUCACAGAAAAGCUGCUCCUGAAUAAUCAAGACUAAAAGUGAAUCUAUCUGGACAAUUGUCUUCUCUGCCCCAUUUGCUCUGUUUGAGGAAUAUUACAGACCUUAAGAGAGAUCUGCUUAUACUAUACCUCCUACAGACGUUUGCCUGCAGCUGAAUGGCAGCUUGUUAUUGCAAAGCACUCCUCUUGUAGGGCUGUACCUGUUCAGCCCCCCUUAAACUGAGCGGCGUGGGCCUCCCCACUCGACUGUUGCUCUGCCUCUUUGUUGUAUGUAUGGUGUGCACCUGCUCUCUCUGUGCUCUAUUUAAAUGUUGCACUAGCCGAUAUCUGUCCACAAUGUUACAUUCUGUAUGAUACUUGACUGUGGAUGUUCGAUGUCAACGGUGGGAAGCCAAUAUUGGUAGUAUAUGUAUUUUUUUUUUUUUUUUACUCAGGAGAAAUAUUCAAUGUUUGAUGCCCAUAUUGGAUCUGACCACUGUCAUUUUUGUUUUGUGUUUUUCUAAAGGGGGAAAAUGGAAAGCUGUGGAAAGAUAAUUUGCAUUAUUUAUAUCUCACCUACACUGGCACCUGUGAAGCACUGCCUGUUCUAAGCUGCUUCAGGGGUACAUUGGGGCUAAAAAAUGCAUGCAAAUUUCUUUGUCCUUCUUUCCUUCCUGCUGAAGACCAGGAGGAACCCCUCACUUUCUAUCUGUUCAGCUCUUCUUCUCAGCAGCUCAUUCUCACUUUUCUCUCUGUCUCCCACUGUUUCCACCUGCUUCUCUGAUUGGUAAUGAUGAUUUUCGGGGAAUGGUUUGUACAUAUUUGGUGUACUGGGAUGUCCUGAAUCACUGGAUUUCAACCAAUAAAAGAAAUGAUCACCUGA